AUGGCAGCAGGGAGUGAAGAUCUAAGGCUAAGCCUGAGCCUUUCCUCCUCCGAAAACUUUUUCCCAUUGAAUCUGACAUUAUCGCCUCCUUCAACUUCACCUUCAAAAGCUAUCAAUGGCGAAACCGAAGAAGAGGCAGAAGCAUGGUCACCGGUGAGUACAUUGUCCAGUCUGAGCGGGAAGAGACGCGAGAGAGACGAUAAUGAGGUUGAAGAAGAUGGACAGAAUUCCUUCAAGAAACUCAGGCUGUCCAAAGAGCAGACGACGGUACUUGAAGAAAGCUUCAAGGAGCACAACACUCUGAAUCCAAAACAGAAGCAGGGUUUGGCGACGCAGCUUAACCUGCGGCCGAGACAGGUGGAAGUCUGGUUCCAAAAUAGAAGAGCAAGGACUAAGCUAAAGCAGACAGGAGAAGAAUGUGAGUACCUGAAGAAAUGGUGCCAGAAGCUAGCCGAAGAGAACAGCAGGCUUCAGAAAGAGGUCGGAGAGCUGAGAGCACUGAAAUCAGUAUCAUCCAAUUCUCCAACUCCUCCCACAGCAUCACCACCUCCUCUUUUGAUCUGA